AUGGAGGAAGACGCAGCAGAAAGCAUGCGAGCGAAGCAUUUGCAGUCGAAAAGGGUGUGCCGUUUUUGUCUCGCGCAAGAUGCUCCGCUGCAAUCCAUCUUUAACCCGGUGGAAUUGAAUAAUAAACCCACGACGCCACUGACGCUGCAGAUCAUGGCCUGCGUGGCCAUCGAGGUUUUCCCGGAAGAUGGAAUGCCCGCAUUUAUUUGCCGGAACUGUCGUUUACUGAUGGAUCGCUGCUAUCAGUUUAAGGAGGUUUGUAAGAAGGCGGACUCGAAGCUAAAAGCCUACCUCGUCACCGGCGUUUGGCCAGAGAAACUCGCUCUUCCGAAACUACUUUCUUCAUCGAGCCCCGCGAAGCCAACCCACUUGUUAAACACCUUGCCGAAAGCGAAGAGUUCCGGAGACAUGAAACCAACGAUGGAAGCUGCGACAGAGGAGGAAAAGAAACCGCCUCGGGCCGUUCCACCCAACGCGACGGAAAUGCCAAAACCUAGACAAGCAAAUCCACAGAAUGCGGGCUUGAAACGAGAGUUGCCUGCGUUAGAAACCAAGAUUGAGCGGGUUGGUCCACUGCUCACCUCGACACCGAUCGUGCGACGUGUGCUGGUUGCAAAGACUGCACAAGGUCAGCCGAAAGCUUCGUCUUCGCAGGCUCCGGUGGUAAUUCGGUUGCAUUCAUCUGAGAAGGCAAUCGAGAAAAAACCGAUCAUUCUGAAUAAGUUAGCUAAACCAGUUAUGGCGUCGAUUCAGGAAGAUUUCGUGACUACCGGCGACGGCACAGUAGAGAUGGUUAUCAAGAAUGAUCCAAUGCCGGAAACUGUUGGCGGUACUUUGAAGGUUGAGGUAAUCGAGACCAGGCCACUGCAGAACAAGGCUUCCCCAGGCCAGGCGGAAACACGCUCCACCAACCACCAGCAGGAGCCGGGAGAAAGAGGUGUGUUCCCGUGCACUGAGUGUGAUCGAUCAUUCCCGUUGAAGCAACUGUUGGACAUUCACAUGUUGAAUCACACACGCGCUCGUAACUUUCCGUGCGAACUGUGUAACAAGCGGUUCUUUUCCAAGUACGAUUUGGCCAAGCACCAUACGACACACACCGGCGAGCGGCCAUACGUUUGUGUGGUUUGCCGGGCGGCCUUCAGUCGAUCCACACUGCUGACUCGCCACCAGGCGACGCACAAGGAUCUGCUGCAGCACACCUGUACGUACUGCAAUCGAGACUUCAUAACGGAGGCAGAUUUGAGCAAGCAUAUGGCCAAUCACGAGAAGACUCGUCCGUUCCAGUGCUCUUCGUGCCCGAAAUCCUUCCGCUACAAGCAAGGCCUGGAGCGCCAUGAGACCUUGCACAUGAAGGAUUUGCCAUUCAAGUGCGAGUACUGUGACCACAGCUUCAUUACGUCCGUCAAACUGUCGCGCCAUUUAACAACACACGCUGGCCGUCGGCCGUAUCCUUGCCGCAUGUGCAACAAGUCGUUCCUGCUGAGCCACCAUCUGACGCGCCACUUGCGCAGUCACGGUGCAGCUGGUCAAGGAGAGUACCGGUGCAACGACUGCAACGAGAUGUUUGAGAACAAAAACUCUCUCAUCUAUCAUUCGGCGCAGCACGCCGCCGAGAAUCUAACGUGUCCACUGUGCAAGGAGCAGUUUGAUGAUCUCGAUGCAGUGGUUGAGCACAUACAGCUGCACACCGAUGAUGAUGCAUUCGAGUGCGUUUAUUGUGACCUGAUGUUCGUCACGAAUGAUAAAUUACAGGACCAUCAUCAGGCGGUGCAUCUGGACGAACUGGCCGACGAGUUGACGGAAGCGCAGCGGGAGCAGCUGAUGAGCGAGGAGCAGGAUGCGGAGGAGGCGCAAUCCAAAGUGAAGCGUCCUCGGGGUCGCGAACCAGCCCGCCUAGAAAUGAUCGUCGAACCAGACGAACCACAGCAACCAGAGCUGAUCGUCGAUGGCGACGAAGUGUUGGUCGAAUCAGAUGUUGCUGGGUUCGAUGAUACCAAUGGAGUGUACCUUUAUGAUGAACAUGGACAUCUGUUCCGUGAUCCACCGGAAACGAUCGAGGAUGGCACGAUCGAAGUGACGGAACUCGAGUUGACAACGAAAAUGGAGGAAAGCGAGCCAACGGAGGAGAAACGUGGACUCACAACCCGUCCCGAAAGCAAGAAAAGGGUUGAACAGCAGUCAAAUUACGAUCUUUGUCAACUGAUCAAACAACGGGGACCAACAUCGGAGAAAAGCAAAUCGGUGUCCGAUGUGCUGAAGAACCUUCCGAAAGGGGUAACGAUCAAAUCUUCUCCGUCAACCGUAACGCAGAAAACGGAGGUAGCCCACACAUCGACCAAACCGGAAUCCACUAAGGUUCGGGAAUGGCAUGUUCCUACAUCGGUUGAAAAAUCAAAAGCAAACGUUUCAGAAAAGCCGCCAGCAGUUGCUCAGGCGGAAAAGCAAAUUGUAGUUCGAGCACCGGUCAAAAUUGGAAAACCCUCUCCAGAAAUCAACAAGGGAAAAUUGAUUGCCAAAGGAAACCCGACCACGGUGGUUGGGAAGGCAGAAACCAACACUUCCAAGGGGAACACUUCCGGAGGCAGCGCGAAAGUGGAAAGUCCAAAGCUUGACAAAAGUCCUCCAAAACGAAGCGCCAGCUACGGCGUGCUGCAUUACGGCAAACCACACGCAGUAAAACCGUCAAACGAAAAGUCGCCCGGCAAGAGUGUGUCUUCAUUAAAACGCCCCGAAGAAUUGGCGACAAAGGUAGAGCGGAAGUCGUCCGUUGCUGCGAAACAACCGGCUCCUCCGAGUGCUGAGCUACAGGAGCAACCCGGGCCUAGCAAGCGACUGUUAGUGCAGCGAAAACCACUGGACCCUCCUGCAACGGCUGCACCCUCGACCAUGACCCGAAAUGCGCAACAACUGGCCAAUGUGACGCGAGCUGUUAAGCGCUUGGCAACUUCAACUCCUGGUUCGGCCGUGGGCAAUCCGAUCGAGAUGAGCGUCGGUGGCAAGAAAAUUAAGAUGCAAAAAUUGGUUUUCCCCAAGGCGGAUACGGCGGCCCUGGCGCGCGAGGGAAAGUUAAAAGGCAAACCAUAAAGUUUUUGGUUUUUCCAGUUAGAGGUUAAGACGCUAUGAAUUUCAGCUCAUCUUUCACCAUGUUGUUCUUGUUCCAAGAAUGAUCACAAAGGUUGGAACAGUCGACAUACUUAUGCGCGAGUCGUUGAUAAGAAAUGAUAUCUAAGCGAAUGAACGUAAAAACACCGGAUAAUGUACGUAUGAAAUCGUACGAAGCAGAAUCACAGUUGUAGAAACAAUAUUUUGAUCUUUUCCAGUAGUUUCAGGAUAAUGUUAU